CACUCAUCUCUCAGCAUUCUCAACACUCAACCUCAGCAUUCAGCAUUUAGCAUUCAUCUCAUCUCAUUAACCAAACCAAAACAAUCAGAACUCAAAAUGGCACUCAAUUGUUCAAUGUUAGACAAUCAAAACAAACCUAUCCCACUUCCAGAUGAGAAAAUCUUUUUGACAGUUAAUGGGAUCACGAUUUCAUUAGUCCCAACUUUACCAGGUUCAGGAACCACAGAUGGAGAACCGAUCUCACCCACCGAUUCCAAUCAAACCCAAAACCAAUCCAACUCAUCAAAAUCAAAAUUACCAUUAUCAUCUCUCUUUUCUAAUCUGACAUUAAAGAAUUCCGAAAAACUUUAUCCUGGUACGGUUUAUAUAACAAACCAACGAAUUUUAUUUAUUUCGAAUCAUGAAUCAGAAGAUCAAUCCAUCAAAACCUUGACGAUUCCCUUAUCAAACUCAUUAGAUGGAAGGUUUAUUCAACCAUGGUUAUCAGCUAAUUAUCAUCUUUCUACAGUUUUACCUGUUAAUGGUGGUAAUCUUGAAGAAUUACUUUCGAGUCGAUUUACAAAUAAUUCGGAUCAUCCUAUUCUGUUUACUUUGAAAGUUGUCUUUAAUGAAGGUCAUGGGUUUGAGUUUUAUGAAGCUUUAGAAGAAGUCAAACGGUUACAUUCGGAAGCUAAUGGUCAAAGAACUACUGUUUUGGAAGAAUUGCCCACUUAUUCACCUACGACUCAACCAAAUGAACUUAUUCCAAUCGAAACAACUUCAGAAAUCCCGACUUUGGAUCACGUGGAUUCUUCUAGAUCACAACAAAGAAGAGAUACAAUGCCAGAUGAAGAUUUGAUUUUAGCUGCUCAAACUGCUUUAGAAGUGGAAAGAAUUGAACAAGAUUUGGUUUUAGAAUCUUCAACUAAUCUUAAUCCUACUCAUCAUGAUGAUCAUCCUCCUUUAUAUGAACCUUGAAAAACCUUUCCCUCUUCUUAUCAUUUUGUUUGGUUUGGUUUAGUUUUAUUGUAGACUGGAUUGUCGUCAUGUGUGUGUGUGUUAUGUUUUCAGUUAUGUUUAGUUAUGUGAAAUGAUUUGUUCUUUGUAUUAGGUAUAGUAGUUAGUUGAUCUUUUUUCACUUAUCUCUAUCAGCCUUAUUUAAAAGAUUUGUAUAAUUAAAUGAAAAUAUUUGUAAAGCAGAAGAUCAUCUUGAAGUUCUUUUUUUCCUCUUGCUCACUCACUUUGUUUAAUAGUUUGUGAUUUGUCUUUUUUUCAUUUUGGAAGACAGAUUUUAACAAAGAGCAUGGAUUGGUGUUAUAAAGAGUUUUUGGUUUAAGAUACAUGUUUAUUGUUUUGUUAAGGUGAAUCAAUGGAUGUGAAUGAUGUGUAUGAUGAAUGUAUAGUUUUACAU